AUGGCCAACAACUGCGGUAGUAUCGAGGAAGAGGCUCAGAAACAAUUUAUUGCCACAUGCUCCGCUGCUGGAACUGUUGUCGCUGCCUACACUGCGAGCGCAACGUCUUCUAGCGCAUCUGCUACGUCCAUCAGCACAGUUUCUGGUACGUUCACCUCAGGUACUACUCAGUCCGCAUCCUCUUCCUCUUCCUCUUCCUCGACGACUGGCUCGGCUGGUUCGACGCAAUCUACUGCUGGCGCUAAUGUUCGUUAUCGUGAUGGCAUGGGACCUAUGGCUGCUGCGGCUGUUGCUUUGGUUGGAGCUGUUGCGGCAUUGUAG